GUCGAGACAGCUUCGGAUUUGCAAAGGCAAUUGAAGACUGCAUUCAAGGUCUGACAAUGGCCACAGAUGCCGCUGCUCAUCCGCAGCCGCAGGUGAAUGUUCACCAUCGCAAAAUCGAACUCCAGACUCCAGACGACUUCACGUACCUCCAGCGCAACCUGAUCGCGUCGGCUCAACAGAAACUCGACCUACAUUUCCCUCUUUCCGCUCUACAGAACAACGGCGUUGACAAUGCUCAGCCCGCCACGAUAAUCUCACUCGAUGGCGUGAAGCCUACCGAACCAACGCUGGCCGCUGCCCGAGACACCGCGCAGCAUCAGAAUGACCAACAAGAAGAUCCACUGCGAGCGCGGGUCCGUCAACUCGUCGACGCGUUCAUGACCCGGACGUGGGAGGGUGCCAGCCAGAACAUCACAGUCAACGGGAUGAACGCUUCCGAGUUUUCCAUUCUCGCCAACGAGGCGACCCGUGCCGCCGCCGCCGCCGCCACCACCACCACCACCUCAGGUGAGCCCCAUGAGGAAAGAGAGGGCGUGGAUUUUGUGUACGAGAGUUACGACAGCAGAUUACAAUCACGAGUAGCGGGCUUGUACGGCGAACUUGAAGCCCUCACCGCACAGGUGAGCAAGCUCCGACGGACGGCACCGUCACAGGCCGCGAAGGACUUUAGUGAUGCUUUGAUGGUAGAAUUGGCGCGCGACGAUGAGCGAUAUAAUGAGGGCAUGGCCAGAGCACAAGAGAAUGCGGCGGACAGCGAGGAGGACGGACCACUGAAACUCAAGACUCUGCGCGACGGAUGGCACGACGAUGUACAGGCCAUGUAUGAGAGCGGCAUCGGCGAAUUGGCAGUCCUUUCUGGCCUAAAAACUACGGCCGCCGAGAAUGGACACGGAGGUGCAAGUUUGACGGAGACCGUUGGCAAGGUCCAGCGGGCAAGGACCGUGGCUAUGGAAUUUGAAUAGGAGGCACAAAGGAGUCUAUCUGCAAAUCCAUUUGGUUGCCUGUGCGAAUUCUCACCAUGGCAUCGCAUCGCUGAUCUCGCGGCUGAUUGCCACACGGCACUUCCAAACCACCGAAACAGGCCAGACCAGAGUCGGAUCGCAUAUUCGACAUCGAAGUCUGGAAUAUAGUCCACCUUCAUCAGGACGAUCGCCGCAUCGGUGCGGCCUAGCUGCGUUCCGCCAGGAAUUACCAUUACAGGUCAUUGGCUGGAGAUCCGAGCAAAGGCGGCUGUGCCUUGCCUGAGUACUAUCAAGGCAGCGAUGAAGCUUGAUGCCAGCAUAUCAUCAUGGGGAAUGAUGGAGCAGCUCUAAGCACUAUGCUUCAGAGUUAUUCGAUAACGCAGGGCCAUUGAUGGUGCUGUGGCAGGUUAGGAGUACACGCGAGACAUUCACAUUCUCCGAGGUGUGUUCGAAGCAGGAAUGCUACCCUCCGCCCGCUCUAGAAAGCUCUCAUUGAUAGUCAUUGCGGGCUUUUCAUGGGAACUGAAACGUACGGUCACGAAGAAAGGUAGACAGACUGCCGUCCAAACAAUAAAUACACUGCCUAUGGAGUUCACCUGGGAGCUCUACAUAUACAGACGAACCUUGUGUAGUGAAGGAGGAAAAAAGGACGAGCGUAUAAAACCCGGCCAAGCAGAAUGGUACAUAACAACAGUCCGAAAUGACUUGGCUCUUCAAUCUCAUCGUUGAGUUUGUCCAGUACUGGGGCCGUUUUCUGCUCUGAAAUGC